AACUUGAGUCCUGUAUUCUUUCUACUAUUCUCUCUCUCAAUCCCUCUCUCUCUCUCUUUCUUUCUCUUUCUCUCUCUCUCACACACACACGCUUACAUGUUUCUACCAUCGUGAAUGAAUUCUAGGUCACGUUUAUGAUGUUAACCGGAUAUUCCAACCACUGUGUGUUGAUAUGACUCUAAAAAGAAAAAGAUUUCUGAAAGCAUUUUGCGAGGCAUUUAUAGAAGUAAGAGAUAUGUUUUCAUUUUAUCACCACAACCUCCAUUAAAAAUUGGAGACUAUUAUUCCUGGAGACUUCAGAAUUUUCUUUGGAAAUAUCCCCCAAUUCAAAAGGAAGUCUGACACAGCCUCAUAAAAAUCUAUGUCGUAAUAGGUGCUGUGUCACUGAAAACCACUGAAAAGACAGGGUUAAGAACACAAAGUGAGCUGCACACCAUAUAUGGAAAAACCCGUUUCUUAAAACUAGUGAUGAACUCAUGCUCUGUUCUGUUUUCUCAAAGCUGAAGUCAGCUAGGUUCGCAAAGCUGUGAGCUGAGCACUCAGGCAAUCACACUCUCAGAAACUGCGGCGGCUCUGGACUGCAGCCUCCCAAGGCUCCAUGCCAGACAAAGCAUGCGUGUCACACUUGCUACAAUAGCCUGGAUGGUUUCUUUUGUCUCCAGUUAUUCACACACAGCAAAUAUUUUGCCAGAUAUCGAAAAUGAAGAUUUCAUCAAAGACUGCGUUCGAAUCCAUAACAAGUUCCGAUCAGAGGUGAAACCAACAGCCAGUGAUAUGCUGUACAUGACUUGGGACCCAGCACUAGCCCAAAUUGCAAAAGCAUGGGCCAGCAAUUGCCAGUUUUCACAUAAUACACGGCUGAAGCCACCCUACAAGCUGCACCCAAACUUCACUUCACUGGGAGAGAACAUCUGGACUGGGUCUGUGCCCAUCUUUUCUGUAUCUUCCGCUAUCACAAACUGGUAUGACGAAAUCCAGGACUAUGACUUCAAGACUCAGAUAUGCAAAAAAGUCUGUGGCCACUACACUCAGGUUGUUUGGGCAGAUAGUUACAAAGUUGGCUGCGCAGUUCAAUUUUGCCCUAAAGUUUCUGGCUUUGACGCUCUUUCCAAUGGAGCACAUUUUAUAUGCAACUACGGACCAGGAGGCAAUUACCCAACUUGGCCAUAUAAGAGAGGAGCCACCUGCAGUGCCUGCCCCAAUAAUGACAAGUGUUUGGACAAUCUCUGUGUUAACCGACAGCGAGACCAAGUCAAACGUUACUACUCUGUUGUGUAUCCAGGCUGGCCCAUAUAUCCACGUAACAGAUACACUUCUCUCUUUCUCAUUGUUAAUUCAGUAAUUCUAAUACUGUCUGUUAUAAUUACCAUUUUGGUACAGCACAAGUACCCUAAUUUAGUUCUUUUGGACUAAUACAAUCCAGGAAAGAAAAAACCCAAAAACCAACCUUAUUCACAUAUGGCUUUUUUUUAACCAAUAACAAUUAGGUGUACUUCUAUUUUAAAACAUUUCAGAAAAAAAUAUAUGUUACAGCAAUACUCUUACUCAAAAGAAGAAAUUUCCUAACUC